CAUCAGCUGUAAUUUUGAUUUGGUUUUGUGUUUUUGUAGCAGUGGUGGGAUGAGGUUGAGGAGCCACAAGAAGGGAAAGGAUUCAUGGGUUGAGUGCAUUUCUGGGAGCCUAGAGCUUUCAUUUACCAUAAUUUCUUGUCGGAGAAAGAAUGCUCGCAGUUGAUUAAUCUUGCAAAGCCUCGCAUGGAGAGAUCACUUGUGAGUGCCCAAAAUACUAAUUGGGAAGGUGUAGUGAGUAGCCGUCGCACCAGUUCAGGUAGGUUUCUUGCUAAAGGGCAGAACCAACUCGUCCGUAGAAUAGAGAAAAGAAUAGCAGAAUUUACAUUCAUUCCCGUAGAAAAUGGAGAAGGAUUGAGUAUUCUACAUUAUGAAGUUGGGCAGAAGUUUGAACCUCAUCAUGAUUACACUCAUCCUGAUUCAUUCAGCUUUAAAAGUUUGGGCCAAAGAAAUGCCACCCUCGUCAUGUAUCUGUCGGGUGUCAAAGAAGGGGGUGCGACGGUAUUCCCGGAGGCGAAAAAAUGCGCCAGCUCUGCACGACGAUGGUGGAAGAAACUGCCUGAGUAUGGUAAAGAUAAUGGACUCUCCGUAAAACCAAAGAUGGGAGAUGCUUUAUUGUUUUGGAGCGUGAAACCUGAUGGUACAUUGGAUCCUACAAGUUUGCAUGCUUCUUCUCCAGUUGUAAAGGGAGACAAAUGGGUUGGUGUAAAGCUGAUGCAUGUUAAAGCUAAAGAUUUAACUCAAGAAGUUAUGUAUAUAUUUAUAAUUCUUAAUUGUAUUUAGAUUAAAUUUUCGUUUUAUUUUGUGUGAUAUUUGAUCUGAUUUUAAGAGGGAUUAUUUUGAAA